UUGCAUUGCGCAGGCGCAGAAUCUCACGCAUGCGCAGUCCAACUUGGUCAGAGGACGCUGGUCAGGUAGCGACAAACCCCCACGUGCGCUUGUGCCGCUCUCCUUUGACUGAAGGUUAAACGUUGCUGUCAGUUUAGUGCAUUUCGUCGGAGCUCGGUGGGGUUUUAAACGGGCUGAAAAUCCAAGAUGGACCCCAUGAAAGCGCAGCAACUGGCGGCUGAGCUCGAGGUGGAAAUGAUGGCAGACAUGUACAACCGAAUGACCAACGCAUGUCACAGGAAGUGUGUUCCUCCUCACUACAAGGAAGCAGAAUUGUCAAAAGGCGAAGCAGUGUGUCUGGAUCGCUGCGUGGCCAAGUACCUUGACUUGCACGAGAGGCUGGGCCGUAAACUCACUGAGCUGUCCGUACAGGACGAGGAGAUGAUGAGGAAAGCAGCCGCUGGCACUGGAUAGACCUACAAGGACUCUCAAAGAGCAACAAAGUGCGGCCUGGGGUGGACUGGAGAGGGGACAGGAAACGCACAUUACGCACAUAUUACAGACGUCCAAACGAAGUGGAGCUGGAGUAUAGUAAUGUGCGUGAGAAGACACCUCACCAGUCUUCAGUUAAAUCUCUCUAUCUCUCUCUCCAGAGUAUGAAGUUGUGGUUGGAGUAAUAAAGUAACCCAGAUUUGAUUUGCCCACAGGUUGCUUGUCAAAAUGCAGAAUCCUUGUUGGAAUUGGUAAUCAGUUACUGUGACAUGAUUGACUUACUCAUCAGUUAGUGUUUUGUCUAAAAUCCCAAAUGUAUGUGGACCAGGUUGUGCAUGAUGGACAUUACAUUUGUGUGGGUUCUCCACUGGUUCUUUACCAGUGGUUUUUUUUUUUUUCUCGUCUUUUUAUAUUUUUGUUAAAAACACUUCAUACUCACACUGUACAAACCAUGUGCAAGUAUGUUUUAUUGUUCAUGUUGGAAGACUAAUAUUUGCUGCAUAGUAUAAUAAAAUCUCUUAUAAUACA